CUCUUGAUCGUUACUUCUGUAAUAAGAACACUCUCAGAACCAGAAUUCGAAAAGGCAAUGGAGAAAUCUGGUUAUGGGCAAGACGGCAUAUACAGAUCGCUUCGCCCUCCUCUGCUUCUACCCAAUGACCCAAACCUCUCCAUGGUCUCAUUCCUCUUCCGGAAUUCCUCCUCUUACUCCGACAAACCCGCCCUCAUCGACGACGACUCCGGCUACACCCUCACCUUCUCCCAAUUCAAAUCCACCGUCGCCAAACUCUCCCACGCCUUCCUCCACCAAUUGGGUAUCAAGAAAAACGACGUCGUCCUCAUCUUCGCCCCAAAUUCAAUCCAAUUCCCUAUCUGUUUCUUCGCAACCAUCUCAAUAGGAGCUAUUGCCACCAGUGUUAACCCUGCGUAUACGGUGUCAGAGAAUGCAAAACAAGUUAAUGACUGUAAUCCAAAGGUUAUUGUUACCGUUCCCGAGUUAUGGGAUAAGGUUAGAGGGUUUGGAUUGAAAUGUGUCAUGAUUGGUAGUGAGGAAAAUUCCAACUUGAUUGGUAAUAGCUCGAAUUCGAACGUUGCAUGGUUCGUUGAUUUGGUUAAGAAUUCUGGGUCGGCGUCGGAUUUACUUCCCGUAACUGAAAUUAAAUCGAGCGAUACGGCUGCUCUGUUGUACUCUUCGGGCACGACAGGAGCAAGCAAAGGAGUGAUGUUGAGCCAUGGGAAUUUUGUGGCGGCAGCUCUAAUGGUUACUGCUGACCAAGAACUCGCAGGGGAGAUGCACAACGUGUACUUAUGUGUAUUGCCGAUGUUUCACGUGUUUGGACUUGCUUCGAUUGUGUUCGCGCAGCUGCAGAGGGGGAAUGCGAUUGUGUCCAUGGGGAAGUUUGAUUUGGAGAUGGUUUUGAGGGCUGUGGAGAAGCAUAGAGUGACACAUUUGUGGGUUGUGCCGCCUAUUGUGCUAGCUCUGGCUAAGAAUAGUGUCGUAAAGAAGUAUGAUACAUCGUCGUUGAGGCAAAUUAGGUCUGGUGCAGCACCUUUGGGGAAGGAUUUGAUGGUGGAAUGCGCCAAGAAUUUCCCUCAGGCUGUAGUUAUUCAGGGCUUUGGAAUGACAGAAACUUGUGGGAUUAUCUCAAUGGAGGAUGACAGAAAAGGUCCUCGAAAUUCUGGUUCAGCAGGAAUGGUUGUUGCAGGAGUGGAAUGCCAAAUAGUUAGUGUAGAAACUCAGAAGCCUCUUCCUCCUAAACAUUUCGGGGAGAUAUGGGCUCGGGGAGCUAACAUGAUGCAAGGUUAUUUUAACAAUUCACAGGCCACCAGGCUUACCAUAGACAAUGAGGGUUGGAUCCGCACAAGAGAUCUUGGAUAUUUUGAUGAGGAAGGACAACUAUUUGUUGUUGACCGGCUUAAAGAGUUGAUCAAGUACAAAGGGUUUCAGGUCGCACCAGCAGAGCUUGAAGAGUUGCUUGUUUCUCAUUCUGAAAUACUAGAUGCUGUUGUCAUUCCGUUUCCUGAUGCUAAAGCUGGAGAGGUCCCGGCUGCAUAUGUCGUCCGCUCUCCUAAUAGUUCUCUUUCAGAAGAUGAUGUGAAGAAAUUCAUUGCAGACCAGGUUGCAUCUUUCAAAAGAUUGCGGUGGGUAACAUUCAUCAACAGUGUUCCUAAAACAGCUUCGGGGAAGAUCCUCAGAAGGGUGCUCAUAGAGCAAGUCCAGUCCAAGAUAUGAAGUCCUUCGAUCAUGCCUGAAAUUGGCAUCAUGCAUGCGAAACUCAACAAAUGUACUGCGGUGGUCGAUUGUAAGUUCCUGGAGGUCUUUUAAAAUCUUGGCUUUACCUGAUUUGUUCAAGAUUAGCUAGAGUAUUCUUCAAUAGACGUUUAUUCAAAUUUGUGAACAUUACUUCGCAAUUUUAAGCCAAUGAACUUUUGCCCUUCA